CAAUAUUCGGAAAAGUCGUCGCCGAAAUGGGAAAAUCAAAGUCCGGCGAGGGAAACAAAUGGUUGAAAGAUCGUGGAGAAUUUGAAGAGGAGAUUCUUACAAUGGCAGAUGAUGCUGGUAUUCUGUAUGAAAACAGUCUUGAUUUGCUGAAAAGUAUGAAGAACUUUGCUGGAAAUGUUGGAGAAGGAGAGAAGAAGCAUCCGUACGGAAAAGCUGCGAAUGCUGCGAGAGCUUAUGGAAGCGGGAUGAAAAACUCUGCAGCCUCUUUCAAUCACUCUGGAGAGCAGUUCGAUAAGCUUUUCGAAGCUUGUAACACAUUCAAGGAUCAAAUCAAUGGAAACGUCCUUGCCAAAUUGAUCAGUUUCAAAGAUGUGGAAUGCAAGGAUGUCGACACUCAAAUGACCCAGUUGAAGAAGGCUCAGAAGGAUUAUGCGAAUAAGAAAUCAAAGAUAGUUCCAGAUCAAGUUCAGGUUGAUGCAGCUGAAGCAACUUUAAAGAAGUUGCUCGAAGAGGCGAAAGCGACACUGGAAAAGUUCAAUAAGACUGGAUGUGAGCUUCUGACUCAAAUUUCGGCUGACAUGAAGACUGGUUUCGACGCUUAUUGCGAUGCUGCAGCCUCCAUAAAUUGAACUUCUGUGAUUGAUUGAUUGAUGAAUCUAUUGCUACACUUUAA